AUGGCGCAGCUGUUCGUUUUGUGUUUUAUGUACUCGACCGCUGCUUCACCCGUCGCGUCCAGCUGCUCCUCCUCCUUCGAGCAGCUCACUCCGCCCAAGCUCCGGAGCAAGCGCGCCCGCUUUGCAGACGCGGUGCACAACUCGACGGCAGAGGUGCAGCCCGCACGGAGUGUGUGGGAUCUCAUCGUCUUUGGUUUCGAGCUGGAGAUGCUCAAGCUGCACAUGCGCGUGCUGCACCCGGUGGUCGCAGGCUUCCUCGUCACCGAGGCCUCGAUUCGGUUCCAAACGGCAAAGUCCAAGCCGACGCUGCUCUCGGAUGGCCUCUCGGCCGGCACGCUGCCACCGUACAUGCGCGAGAAGACUGCGGUUCGCGUGCUCGGUUCCGAUGUGGCGGAGUCGCGCUGCAAAGGGCGCGUCCUCAUAGGCGGGUCCCAGGGCGGCGUGCGCAAGCGCUACUCCGGCCGAUGCUUCCAGCAGCAGCAGCGGCUGGCCACACUGGAGAUGUUUCUCGAGCGCGCUGGGCCGGACGACCUCGCGGUGGUCUCCGACGUGGACGAGAUUGCGCGGCCCGAGGUCCUCUCCUCGCUCGCCAGCUGCCACCCCUACUCGCAAGGCGCCGGGCCGAUGGAGGAGGGCGGCGGCCUCCUCCUCUCUGCGCGGCAGUUCAAGUUUGGCGUGCACUGCGACACGGGGUACGUGUGGUACGAGGGGCCAAAGGUGUACGCCGCCCGCUUCCUGAGGCGCGAGCAGCGGCAGCGCCCGUGGACGGCGCAAGGCUUCGACGACUUGCGACGCGUCGGCGCCUUCUCGCUCGCCACCCGGCCGCGUGGCGCGUGGCACCUCACCUCAUUCGGAUCGACGCUCGAGCUGCACCGCAAGCUGACCUCGUUCGGCGCGGCGAACCUCUUCGCGCAGGAGGGCGCCCUCGACAUCGACCGCCUCACCGCUUGCACUGCCCGCUGCUUUGAGCUGCUCGACCGCGGCGCUCCCUCCGCCUGCCCGCCUCUCGCAACUAACCGCUCGCACGGCUGGCGCAAGCGGAUGGGAGGGCGGCUGCCACCGCGGCUGCCUGGCCGCCGGAUCACGCAGCUCGCCGGCGCCGAGCUGCCCCCGCCACUGCUCGCACACCCAGAGGACUUUCCUGCCUCGUGGUUCGCGUUUCUGCAGCCACCGCCACAGGCGGGGAUGUGA